AUGCACGUCCCCAUCCACAAGCCCCUUCCGAAGCGGCGCAGGCUGCUCGCCCCCGCCAACUCGCAACCGCUCUCCGUCAACCCAACAGUUCGUCCGUUGACCGUCCUUUCUUCAAUGGUUCAAUCGCGCGCAGUCGACGCAGGCAUACCCUCACGACCGCCGGUAUGCUCCUCGUGUCACCGCACAUGCCCCAAGGCAGGGAUGGUCGUCCAGUGCGCCCGCUGCCGCGCGCCGACGUGCACGAUCUGCACGCGCACCUGCACCGCACGCCCUGUGGCGGACGACUCCUCCCCGCCCACGCCCGCGCUCACGCUCUCCCCGUCCCCGCCCUCGACGCCCCUCCCCACCCCGUCCCCGUCCCCGCGCCGCCGAGCGCUCGUGCUCUCCGCCAUCCCGAACACGACGCGCCGCCGCAAGCGCGAAGCAGAUGCAGACGAGGGCGACACCGCCACUGCGAAGUGGGGGUGCGCCAGGGACGCGGAGUGCGAGCCCGGCUGCGCCCGCACGGUCUGUAGGGCGUGCUGCGUCGAGAGCGCGCAGAGCGGGAAUGUGACGUGCCUCGACUGCUGGUAUGCCGCCGGCGCGCGGCCGGAGCGCUGUGGCGCGGGUGUGUCGUUCGCUGCGGAGUGGUCUGGGGGUGGCGCGUACCAGCCCCCGCCUGCGUUCGUGCUGUGA